CCACGUGACCAGGCACCGGGCCAGGCUCCGGGCUCCGGGCUCCGGCACGUUACUCGCGGCAGCCUGGGACGCGACCGGACGGGCUCCCCCAGGCGGCUGACGAUGCCCCGCACCGAGCGGCCCCCUGCCGCUGAGCCGCAGUAACACCUGCCGUGGCAAGCAAGCCCCGGCGCGGGGCCAGGAGAGCGCCCGCUGCUGGCGAGCCGGAGCGGGCAGGGCCGCGCCAUGUAGCGCCCGCGGCAGCCACCGGCAUGGAGCUGAUCACGGCUGAGUCCCCAGCCCGGCUGGUCCGGCUCUACCGGGAAUAUCACAACAACGAGCUCAUCUCCCUGCAUUACAACUACACGGGGAAGCUGCAGGCCAGCAGCAAGUACAAGGGUGGCCUGAAGGCCGACGCGGUGGCGUUCCUGGCCGUCUGCGCCCUCAUCGUGCUGGAGAACCUGGUGGUGCUGCUGGCCAUCUGGAGGAACAAGAAGUUCCACUCGCCCAUGUUCUACCUGCUGGGCAACCUGACCCUGUCGGACCUGCUGGCCGGGCUGGCCUACACGGCCAACAUCGCCAUGUCGGGCGCCAACACCCUCCAGCUCACCCCGCUGCUGUGGUUCCUCCGGGAGGCGGGCGUCUUCAUCACCCUGACCGCCUCCGUCUUCAGCCUGCUGGCCAUCGCCAUCGAGCGGCACAUCACCAUGAGCCGCAUGAAGCUCUACCACGGCGACAAGAAGGGCCGCAUGUUCCUGCUGGUGGGGGCCACCUGGGCGGCUUCGGUGCUGCUGGGGGUGCUGCCCAUCAUGGGCUGGAACUGCCUGGACAGGCUGGCCGACUGCUCCACCGUCCUGCCACUCUUCUCCAAGAGCUACAUCCUCUUCUGCAUCACCGUCUUCCUGGUCAUCCUGGUGUCCAUCACGGUGCUCUACGCCCGCGUCUUCCGCAUGGUCAAGGGCAGCAGCCCGCGGCCGGGCAGCCUGCGCAAAGGGAUGCUGAAGCGCUCGCAGAAGUACAUGGCCCUGCUCAAGACAGUCACCAUCGUGGUGGGGACUUUUGUGGCCUGUUGGCUGCCCCUCUUCCUGCUGCUGCUGCUGGACGUGUGGUGCGAGGCUCAGGCCUGCCCCGUGCUCUACAAGGCUGACUACUUCCUCGGCUUGGCCAUGAUCAACUCCCUGCUCAACCCCAUCAUCUACACGCUGACCAGCAAGGACAUGCGCCGGGCCAUCCUCAAACUGCUGUGCUGUCUGCUGGUGGGGCCGCCCGAGGACGGCCCGGCCCAGCGCUUCGGGAUCCCCAUCCUGGAGUGCAGCACCAGCAAGUCAGAGCGCUCGUCCCACCGGCCCGAGGGAAUUGAUACCAGCCUGUCCACGGGCAACGGCACGCCCACCCCCAUCAAGGCGCUGGUGCCCAGUGCCGAGUCCUGAGCCCCCUCCCCCCACACCGGGGUCGGAGCGUGGCACGGGCCGGGGGGAGAGCUGGGACAGGCUCCCCCGCGACUUGGAAUGGCUGGAGCCCUGGCUGCCUGGGAGGCGAGGGACCCCUGCAGGGAGCUGUGUGCCCCCACCAGAGGGCUGUAGCCCUGGGGUGCCCCCUGCUGGUCUGGUCUGUACAAAGCUCGUUGCUGGUCCGGGCAGCGUAUCUGUAUGGCACACCGCGUUAACACCCGUGGGCCCGAAUUGCUCAG